UAUAAAAUGCAACAACUGUCAAUUCUCGUAAGCUAAAGUUUAUAUCGGUAAAAUUGUACUUUCAACUUUGGAGAUAAUUAAAAGCGUUAUUCUAGUUCAGCAAACAAACCAAAAUGGUUCUAUCGAAACCAAUAAUUAACGCACUUUCGUUUUAUUUUGGACAAUUGUUCGAACAUCCGAUAAGAACGAAAGCAAUAAGUUGCUGCGUAAUUGCCACAGCAGGAAAUUAUGCAUCACAACAAAUUGCUGGAGUCAAACAGUUAAAUGUUCAGAGUUUAUUGGCCUAUGCAGCAUUUGGAUUACUUUUUGGUGGUACUAUCCCUCACUAUUUCUAUUUGGGAUUGGAAAAAUUAGUACCUGAGGAAGCGGCUUUUGUAGUGAUCAAAAAAUUGUUUAUGGAAAGACUGAUAUAUUCACCAUUGUACCAAGCUUUUACUCUUUAUACACUUGCCCGACUGGAAGGGAAGGACCAUAAUACAGCCCUCAAACAGUUGCAAGGGCUUUAUUGGACCGUCCUGACAUCCAGCUGGAAAUACUUAACCAUUAUCCAGCUGUUAAACCUUAGUGUAGUCCCUCCUAUGCUCAGAGUUUUGGUGGUCAACUUAAUAGGAUUCUUCUGGACAAUUUAUGUUGCAAACAAGAGACGACAACAACAAGCCAAAAGCAAAAAGGGCAACUAAACAAAUUGUUAUUUUUAAGGACUGGUCUAUUUUUGGUGGGAUAAAUUAUAAGAUUAUAUAUUAUGUAUUAUAACAUUCCAAAGUGUUUGAUUUUUAUUUUUAUUGAAUAAAUUUUUAAUAAAUU